AUGAGCCAACCAAUCAAGCAGUCCACAGUCAAAGCCAUGCUCACAGUGGCUCGUCGUGGAAAAACGCCGCUUGAGAUGGAACCAGAAGCUCUCGCCGCCUUCACCGCCCUCGUCAAUAUUCUCGCACAAGUAACCACUAAUCCUUCCCAGCAUUUUUAAUGCCGAUCGCUGCAGGAAACUCUGUCUCGAGCUGCUCAAACCGCAGCCAACACGGGCGACACCGUCAUCACGAAAGAGCAUCUGAAGAGAGUGAUCACACAAAUCAUGCUCGACUUCGCCAUCUGA